GUGUCAUUUUUGCACGAACUGUAAAGAAUAUAGGACGAAUGUCAGUCAUUAUCGGUUUGUCCAACGACGGGACGUAUCAUUUUAUAUUAUUGAGCGUUCUAUCUGACUUACAUGAGAAAGGUCAAAACCGACUAAUGGACACAAGUGACACUGAGCCAGGUAUGUCUGUACUGCAGCAGCAGACGGACAUCACCGGACACACAGACACAGGACACACAGACAACCUGGACAACGCAUCAUCACUUGACCAAGGGAGAGAACUCACAGGGCUCGGAUCUCAGCUUCAUACACAGGUUCUACAACUUGAACAAGAGAUCUCCAACCUUGAGGUGAAGAUUGACCUUGAAAAGAAAAGAUCAUUUGGGAAGGAAGAAGAUUUUCGAGCUUGGUUGAGAGAUGCCGAUGUGUCGGCUUUGAGCCUGGAAGAGGUGCAGGAGGAGAUUGACAAGCUGGAGGAGAUGCUUGACAUGAACCAGAAGCUGACCGGCCUGCAGUUCAACACCACAAACUGGAUCACACUGGAACAAGACCAGGAUGUGUUAAGCAGACAGCACUUCAUUGAAGGCUUCUGCAACGGGACACCCUUCCAACUCACGUACGACAUACUGGAGGAUUUUAGUGUCAAGAGUCAAGGUACAAAAGUCACAGAGGUCACACUGUAUGUGGAGGACGACAUUGAGGCUACAAUAGGGACGCAGCUCCAACAGUUGACAGAGGACCGAGAAAUCCCAGGAUUCUUCACAAUCCUUGUGUCCUUCCUGCGAUGGCGAGAGGAGCGGGAGGAGGUGAUGAGCUACUGUGUGGAGAAGUUCCCUGACCACGUCCGCCGCAUCCACCAGGAUCAGCUGCACGGCCUGGUCAUCCACGACAACAACCACAACAGACCCAGCUGUGUGUUGGAGUGGGGGUUCAUGGCCAGUCCGCUGUACCGCAUUGAUCGACAUCUCACCCUUGCCGUAAAGGUGCCACAGAAAAUGGCUGACUAUGACAAGGAUGACACGUUGGCUGAAACACCGGAGGUGUUCUCAACAAUGGUGAAGAAACUGGGAGUUCAGAAGUCAAUCGAGGUGUUGAUACACAUGGUGACGGCACCUGGACAGGACAAGGAUACGUAGCAUGACGCACGUCUAAACCGCAUCGAAACUAGAGAACGACGACAUGUAAAUAAGACUGAGGUGGAUCCUGAACCAAGACAUGGGAAUGAAACAUGGCUAGACCCAGGAAGGGCUUUGAAGAUUGUACAGCCAUUACUGUGAGGUUCUUGUUCUUGUUGACAACAACCAGAGACCCCUGGGAGUUUCAUUUGACCCGCUUGGAGAUGUGUUCAACUUCACACUUGAUGACAUUUCAGUGUCUAGGUUUUGAACAUUUGUGAUAUGGAAGGUUGUUUAAUGCCCUUAGCAUUCUUCAAUAUCUUGGGAGGUCGAUUUUGGCUUUGUUGGGCCAUCUGUGUUUGCAGUAUGUACAAAUGUGUUAAAAUCCUACAAUCAUCAA